AUGGCAGCGCAACGAGAAGUCCAUGGUGGUAUUCUGUCGCAGACAUUGGCUUCCAGCCCCUGCAUCAAGGCUAUCCUGUCAGCUAGGAUUCGGAGCCCUUCAUUGAACGAUGUUGUCCUUGUCGGCCACAGCUCGAUCCAUCUGCGAGAAUUUACACAGACUGGACAGUUGACGAAUGUUAUUACUGGUCUCGAGCUCGGUGUUCAAAUACUAUCUGCGAAGGUCAUAUCUGCUGAAGCUCACGUCCUCUCUACCGAGGAUGCUAUCUUGGAGAACGGACGUGAUGAAGUUCGUUUUGAGAUCAGAGGACAACCAUGUGAAGAGACUCAGCCACCACAGAUUGUGGUACUAAGCAUAGCAUCAGGUGAACUUGUGUUCGUCUACGCUAAAAAUCUUCCCAACGGUUCUUCCCAAUUCGUGUAUGCAAGAAGACAUGUUCUUCAAGCGGAAGGUAUACAUUGGCCUCGAAAAUGCGGCAGGCACCUUGCUAUUGAUACAAAGUCGCGUGCCAUCGCCGUUGCGUCCGCCAAAGGUCGAUUCGGCAUUAUGUCCUUGAAGGAUGUCGACGAGAUCAAAGCAGAUAUUGACAACUGGGAUCCUCGUAACCCAACAACUAUUGUGCCGUUCAAAGAAUCCAGGUUCAUUCAGGUCGAUGGAGUGAUAUUGCGUAUGGAUUUUCUGAGAAGUCCAACAACGGAACCUCGUGCAGUGGUCCUACUUUUGAUCGUUGCUAACAAAGGCAAUACUAGGAUCUUGCUGUACAGAUGGAACUCCUGGCUGCCAGUGACGAAGACCGAAGCGCUGCGAUGUAGUGGACAACCACUUCACGACAAGGACUCUUUCCCUCAUCUACUUAUACCUUCCUGCCGAUCUACCUCAUUUGCCAUUGUCACUCGACAAGAGGUUGUUUUCUACGACGAUCUAAGCUCGAAGAGAUUGAAGAGAAGUCAAGUGGCUAUACCCUCCGAUCCUGUAGCAUCUGAUGCAUUCCAGAGAAAUGAUAAGCAGUGGGUGCAAUGGGCGAAGCCCAUACGCCAUGAACAGCACAAGAAACUCAAAGAGGAUAUAAUCUUGGUACGUGAAGAUGGAUUGUUAAAGACGAUCGUCGUAUCUCACAAGCUCGAGUCCCGCAACUCUAUCACUUUCGAGCCAGGCCACCUUCGUAUCAAUGUGGACACAGCUGUCUGCACCCUCUCCGCUCCACCCACUAUGGGAGGCGACAUACUGAUCGCUUGUGGCGACACGACGGAAGGUGGUGUCUAUCAUCUAGCCGCGAAGCAGGCUCCAAUGCUACUGCAAACCAUCUUAAACUGGUGUCCGCUCAACGACCUGGUUUUUGUUGAACCAAAGAGCCGCUCCAGCACGUCCGGCUCCGUUGUAGCAGCUACUGGAGUUCAAUCAGGUCGCGCAACCCUGACUGAGCUCAGAUACGGUCUGGAAGGGCAAAUCGAGUUUACCAUCAAACACGACGAAGCAACCACUAUUGACCGUAUUUGGGCACUGACUAAAGUGGAACAAGGUCGACUCUUGCUGCUUGCCUCACAUCACGAGCACACUACUGCUAUUUCUUACGAUGUCAUCUCUGGAGAACUAAGUUCAAUUGAUGCCAGUACACAUCCACAAAUAUGCUUCAAGGCGCAAACCUUGUCAGCAGCGAAUAUACCUGAACAUGGUAUGAUUCAGAUAACUGCCGAAAGUAUUCACGCAUCGGUAGCUACCGAAUCAGCAGACUCGUCGGUCUUGAAACCAUUUGAUGGAGGUAUUGUGUGUACAGACAUUCACUCAAGUGGAGUCUUCGUUGUGGCAGGUCGCAGUGGUGAUGAGCUGCAAAUAUUGAGCGGCAAAGUGGUCAUAGAGCAUGGUCAGCAACCUCAGAUUACCGUACAGCCUGAAGGACAGCAAAUAGACUUUGUGCCCGUCGCAUUAGCCCUUGCAGAGAUAGGAGGAAUCGGUUUGUGUAUUGCAGGAUCGCAAGAGGGACGCCUUCACCUCUACAUUGUUCAUCCUGACGACCAUUUCGAGUAUCGCAAAACAAUCUCGAUCGGGGAGAUUGCAACGGACGUGGAUGAACCUAGGCUGUCCUCAAUUACUGUUCUAGCUCUGCACAAGGCGGAACACGGACUGCUUAUGUGCGGUCUCAAGAACGGACAGCUACUCCUCAUGGACUUGACGAUCAAGACCAUUGACGAUGAAGAGACAAUAUCAGUCGAAUUCACACAAUCGAUCUCGGUCGGUUCGACUGCUGUCACUGCUAAGGUGGAAUCUGGCUCUUUAACAGAAUACGAGAGAAGUGCAUUCAUUAGUUGCGGGUCCUCGUUGAUGCGGGUACUAUUGCAUCACAACACUCAUGGCCUCGAUUACCUGCUCGACUCUAUCAUUCUCUCAGACAAGAGUUCGCCGUCAUACCUAGCUCCAAUGAUUCAAGCUGUUGAUCGCAUUGGUAAACUCUCAACACGUCAGCCCUUCAACCCUAGCGGUCUUAUGGUUUGUGUUGCCGGCGACGAGCUAUUGCUCGUUGGUAUUGGUCCCACAGCAAUGGUACCACGACCUAUUUGCCUAACGAAUACCACAAAGCAUCUGAUCUAUUGUGCUCCUUUGAAAAAGUGUAUUGCAUCUCACCAAGGCAAAGUGACAACAUCUGAUGCACGAGACGGGUCGCAGCUUGAUAGAUCGUCGUUACAGCUGUACGAUUUGAAUGCACAGUCCGAGAACGUGGGCUCGCUGUCCAAGAGCAACUUUUUCUUCGGCGAGAAAGGCGAAAAGGUUCGGGCCCUGCUCAACUGGCACCCAACAGAUGACAAGGUGCAUUACGAGAUGAUCGUCAUUGGAUCCGACAUUGGCAAGGACGGCCGUCUCACACAGCUGACAGUGAAGCGCAUGUCGCAGGCGAAGUCUGGGACUACACCUAAAUUGAUCGCAAACUAUCCAAAUGAGAGCAUAAGUGCAAUCUGCUCUCAUGGAAAAUCAUCCUUGGUCGUAUGUGCAGGUCGCAACCUGAAAUUGCUCACCCUGGACAUUAGUGGUAAGCGCUGGUUACAUCCGGUCCAAUUUGAGCUUCCUUCCAAAGCGACAGAGCUGAAAUCCAAAGGCAACGUUAUUUACGUUGCUACCAGCCUACACUCUUUCCUUCUGCUCAGAGUUGAGGAUGACCAGUUCAAGCUGAUUGGGAGUGACAGCUAUGCUGGGAAAGCCCGGAAUAUUGUCCCACAUGGGAUCAACUCGACUCUGAUCAAUCUAGUAUCUGACAACGGGAGCAGGAUAUUGAACUUCGCCGACAGACCCACCAAAGGCACGGAAACUGUCUUUGAGGCGACAGUGCCGCAAGCUAUCGAUCGCUUAACUCAGGUAAAAUUCCAAUCAGUCUCAGAUGAACGAGAGAGGUUUUUAGGUACGACUAUCGACGGUACAGUAUACAUGUUCACCACGUUGACGCCAGCGGAGAUGGAGCUUUUGAGCUUCCUCGAAGAAUUGACCGAACCUAUCCGCAAUCGAGCUGCGAAAAGCGCAAGUCUGCUAGCACAUUCAAUUGCUCGGCAGUACAGGAGGAAGCUUGAGGCUGCUGAUUACGAAACACCAAGCCUCAAGCUUACGCAUGCACGUGGGGACGUGCUCAGAGCGAUGCUUGAACCUGGACCUUAUAACUUGCAGCGUUUACUGCAACGAUCAGUCAAGUCCGAGGACGGAAUGAUCAAGGAGAAGGAUGAAUUAGACGCUCUGAAAGAUGCUGCGCUCCCUGUGCUAGGCGUUACACAGGAUACUGUGGAUGGCGUUGUCCUAUGGUUGCGGAGGAUACUUAAUGUUCCCUCGUUCUAG